GAGGAGUUCGCUGUUAAGAAGUAAAAGAGAGAGAGUGAUGCUGUUGCUAGGGAACAGGGAAUAGUGAAAAUGAGCCGUCCAUCUUCGGGAGCAAAAACAGAGAGCUGUUCUGUAAGCCUGGGAAAAUAAACCCUGCGCUAUCAUAAGGUGAGGUUUCUUUCUCUCGUUAUGUAGUCAAAAAGAAACUCAGAGCAGGAGCGGAGAAAGCGGAGGGCCCAGGUGAGAUUACGUAAUCAUCACAUCAGCACUUGGUGGCUGCUGGUGCAGAGGGACUGUGACUGUCGCCUGGCAAGCGAGCCCUGAUCCCUGACGGUGAUGAAGCUGUCGGACGCAGACCCGUGCUGGACGCAGGAGGCAGAGGAGGCAAAAGCAUCCGGAUUCACUUCAUCUGGAUGAAGUCAGCAGCGUCGGGAUUCUGAGCAGAGGAGAGCAUCAGGGAGCAGACAGGAUAGACACAGCGCUCGUCUCCUCGCCCAGACACACACCCACACACCCGCCCCAAAUCUAGCUGUGACACUCUGUCUGUCCGGAGAAGGAAAAAGGAAGAGAGAUAGCAAUAGAUGUGACUUCCUCGUCCUACACAAGCGAACCAUUAUGGAUUUAAGCAUGGCAAAAAAACAAGUCCAAGCCUGAGCGAAAGGGAACACACACACACACACACACACACAGGACAGAGGAGAACAGAAGGAGAACAGAGAGCAGUGAACACACACAGAGAGAGGUGUAUUUCUGGUGUGAGUAUCCUUUGUGCAGUGCGACCAGCCCGCGCCUCUGGACAGGAGGAUGGGAACGACAGAAGCCACUCUCCGCAUGGAAAACCUGGAGGUGAAGGAUGAGUGGCAGGAUGAAGAUUUCCCACGGCCUUUGCCGGAGGAUGGAGAUCUUGAUGGCCUUACUGAUAAUCACACAUCUCCCUCUGGCUGUCUGCAAGGAGAUCAUGGAGGCUCAGCAGCUCAGAGUAAACGGAGGACACUCAUCGCCCCAGACAUAAACCUGUCCUUGGACCGGAGCGAAGGCUCUCUCCUGUCUGAGGACAUCCUGGACACUCCAGACGAUCUGGACAUUAACGUAGAAGACAUGGACACGCCAGACGAUACAGACUCCUUGGAGUUCAUCACCAGCGGCAACGAAUUGGAGUGGGAAGAUGACGCGCUUGUGGCACGAGCUAAAGUGGGUCCGGGUGCUGGCUCGGGUCAGGGGGGUGAGGAGGCAGAUGAGACUCGCCUCUGGAGGACUGUCAUCAUUGGAGACAAAGAGCACCGGAUAGACAUGCAGGUCAUCAGGCCAUAUCUGCGCGUGGUCACUCAUGGAGGCUAUUAUGGAGAAGGUCUGAAUGCCAUCAUUGUGUUUGCGGCCUGCUACCUCCCGGACAGUGGCUGUGCCGACUACCAUUACAUCAUGGAGAACCUCUUCCUGUAUGUGAUCAGCAGUUUGGAACUACUGGUAGCUGAGGACUAUAUGAUCAUAUACAUGAAUGGAGCGACUCCACGCAGGAGGAUGCCUGGCAUCAGCUGGCUCAAGAGAUGCUACCAGAUGAUUGAUAGAAGGUUAAGGAAGAAUCUCAAAUGUCUGAUUAUUGCACACCCAUCCUGGUUCAUUCGGACGGUUCUGGCCAUCUCACGCCCUUUCAUUAGUGUGAAGUUCCUGGAUAAGGUUCGAUAUGUGCAGAGUCUGGAGGAGUUGGCGCAAAUCGUCCCUAUGGAGCACGUGCAGAUCCCUGAGUGUGUGCUGCAGUAUGAUGAGGAGCAUCUCAAGGCCCAGACAGAAAGGCUUGUAGAAGACCAGAGACAGACUGAUAAAUCUGUGGCAGAAAGGCCCACAUCGGUAGCUGCAGAGGCUUGUCCCUGACUUUAGUUCAUCACUUUAGCAAAGGAAAAAGAGGUGUGCAAGCUUUCUUCUUCUAAUGCAACAGCCGAUUUCUACAAUGCAGCAAUCCAUCAUCAUCAUCAUCAUCAUCAUCAUCAUCAUCAUUCUUCUGUCUGAAAACAAGCCAUUAAGAGACAUUAUAUAUGCAAUAAGUGGCCCCUUUAAUAGGAAAUUAUUUUUUUUUUUUUUCAUUUUGCUGAUCUCCUGUAGGCUGAAGAUUGGAAAAUACUGGCCUUUUUCUGCUUAACACAGUUGUGCAUAGUUGUUGAGUUGUCAUAGUGUACAAACCAAUGUGGUCAUUUUCUCUGAACUAAACAGAAAUGUUUUUCCUACAGCAAAACUGAAAGUCACAGGGUUUAGUAUUUUUUCUGUAAUCUAGGAACCCCAACCUAUUGCCACCAACAACAAUCAUGCCUUUAUCAAAGAUCAGAUUUCACCAAAUGUUCGAUUACCUAAAGCAUGGAAACUCUUGCCUUGACUUAUCAAUUGCUAAAUGAGAAGAUUGCAUUAUGCAGAGCAGGCAUACAGACCUUCCUAUUAAAGUGGCCGAGAAGCAUUUCCUGAAGAACAUGAAGAACGACACGUUUCUGAAAAGACAAUGGACUAUUGGACUCACCUAAAAAGCACAGAAACAAUUAGACAUCGAUCUUAACCCAGUCUCAUCCUUAUUCAGAAGACAUUUUUGGUGGAACUGCAGUGUAGAAAUGAUGUGGAGAAGAUUAGCGUGUUUGUGUGAUGCACAGGUUCUGUUGCACUAAUUGCUCAAAUGUCUAAAUUCAAUAAUAUACACAGUAAGUGAGUUAUCUUGUCCAGCGCAUCAUCAUCAUCAUCAUUCCAGACAUCAUUCACACCAGCAGAACUACUUUGCUACUGUAAUAAAAAGCAUAAAUGAAAUCCAGCAUUCAUGUAAAAUAUUCUGUAAAAUACAGAAUAGGAGUUCUGCAUACUGUAAAAUAUGAUUCUUUCUGAUCCUUUUUCUGUACAAGUGUUCCCUUUAUAGCAAAACAUAACACCUAUAACACUCAUUGCAGGCUUUUAUGCUCUAGAGCUCAUGUAUUAAUGCAUUCCUAAAAACACCUCAUGGAUGUAAUAAUUAAAAUAAUUGCACUAGUUCUCAGUAGUGAAUGUUAGCUUACGAUUAUCUCAAGCAUAUUUAUUUCCUUCCAUCACAUGCACUAACUGCAGGAUUUAUAAAAUUUCCAUGAUGCGUCUGAGGAUUCGUUAUUCAUUCCGUUGAUUCAGAAGGGAUAUUUUAAAAUCCUGUAGCCAUGUUGUUGUAUAUAAUGAUCAUACUGUACAGUGCAUUGUAAGUAUAAUGUUUGUAUCACAAUGUGUUUUUUGUUUCAUAUGUAAGGUUUUGUGUAAACGUUGUGACAAUGGUUGUUAAAGUAAA